AUGCUUGCUCGACCUCUUAUGGAAACAUUACGUUUAAUACUUUAUAAUUGGAAAUUAUAUGAAACAGAAACAGUUACUGAAAUAGUAGCAUUAAAUUCGAAUUUUGUUGAAAGUGAAUUGUGUUCCAAUUGUGCACAAACUAAUACUGUACAAGUAGGACCAUUUUACAUAAUUGAAUAUCAAUCCGAUAGAAACAAAGCAGUUAAACAUUGUUUGUGUCCAUUUGAUGAAAGUCAUUUUUUGAUUGAAAAUAUAGUGAAAUAUGAAUUUGUUUCACAGAGAACUGAUUUUUCCAGCGAUCAAUUAAAGGAUUCUUUUGAUAACUUCCUGUUCAAAUGCGAUCGACUCACUUAUUUCUUGCGACAAAAAGAACAAUGGCAGCAUAUCGAUCCAUUUACGGUUAUACUCGAACGAUUUCUCGAAGAAGAACGACAGAUUUCUGAAGUUCCUAAUAUUAAUCAAACUAUGAAUAAGAGAAUAGAACAUACAUUACGUUCUAUAAAACAAAUGCGCGAGCAAAAUAAGAAAAAAUUAUUUGAAUCCAAUGAAAAACUUUCACUUAUUCAACUAAAUAAAAUAAUCGACCAAUUAAAAUCCGUGUCAGAUAUUAAAAACCAAAUCAAUAACAUAAAGGAAACGCGUCGAUUAAGAAUACAAGCGAAUGAAUGUCAUGUAACUCUACCACUAACUAAAAGCAAAGUAUUUUCUCCAUUUACCAAUUUUCGAUGA